UGGCAGGGCCGCCGUUUAUAUCAUUUCAGCAUUAGAGAGCUCCCAAACUCCCUUCGCUCACCCAGAAGAACCAAACCCUGUUUCAGUGUUUUCUCCCACUCCCUUUUCUUCUCCCUCCAACUUUUGCCUUUUCGUCUCUGUUUGUCUGUCUGUCUGUCUCUCUCUCUCUCUCUCUCUCCAUCUUUCCCUUUGGUGCUUCCGGUUUUCGACUUUUCGCGAUGGUUUCCAUGCAGCUCAAUUCAAGGUGUGGACCCUUUCAAUGGAAUCUAGUUUGCAGUGCAUGGUAUACUUGAUGGAUCAAUACUCAAUUGAGCUUGAUUCUGUUUCAUAGCAUACAUUACAAGUCUUGAUAAUGGCUCGGAAGGGAAAUCAACAAAGGAAUGGUGUGGCUCGCAACCCAUCAAACUACAAAAUUAGGGUUUCUGAGUCAGCAGGUGGACCUUCACCAGUAAAAAAGGUUAGGGUAAAAGCUAGUGAGGGAAAAAUUGUUGAGGAACUCCCAACAGAUAGUCAUUUGGAACAGGGAGUACUUAAUCCAACAUAUGCAGUAAAUGAGAGAAAAGACAACCAAAAAUCUGGAAAUCUCCCAAGCAAAGGGAAGCCAGUGGUGGAUGGAAUGCCUGGCCUGGCUCAAUCACUCUCUACAUCCAGUAACUCAAGAAACCCUGUAGGGGAUGCAUCUGUAUUGGAUGUGCCCAGGUCAAAAGGAGAAACUGGUGCACUAUUAGGCGGUAACCAUGGUUUAAAAAACCAAAAAGUUAAUCUUGGCUUAGAGAACGGUUUGCCUGCUGAAGAUAUGAUGAAAGAUUCAAAGUCCUCAGAUACUGCGGUUGGUAGAAGUUUUGGGGCAUCUGCUUUGUCUGCCCUGAAGGUGAUUCGUGGAUGGCUAGAAAGGCAGAAACCUUUGUUUAAUUUUCUAACAACUAUGCUAUUUGAUGCCCGUGACUAUGUUUGGUUUAAGACUAAGCAAGUGUACCCUGUUAUUUGGAAGUGGCUUGUUCAGUUUGGGAAGUUAUUUUUACUCAUAUCCAUGAUAUGGUUGGACUGUAGUCUGAGGGGUCUUGACUCAUUUCUACGUUUGGGAACAACAUCCUUCUUUACAGUUAUUUGGUGCAGCAUUGUAUCAGUUAUUGCAAUGAUUGGAUUCUUUAAGUUUCUUGUGGUCAUGGCCAUAGCUGCUCUAGUUGCAGUUUAUGUUGGAUUCACACUUGCAGUUUUAUUACUGAUCAUCUCUGCAGCUUUGUUGCUGUGGUUUUAUGGAAGCUUUUGGAUCACAGGGAGCAUCAUCCUUGUUGGAGGGAUGGCAUUUGCAUUGAGCCAUGAACGCCUUGCACUUUUAAUCACCACUGUAUAUUCCAUAUAUUGUGUAAAAAUAUAUGUUGGAUGGUUUGGUUUGCUAUUGGUGCUGAAUUUGUCUUUCAUCUCAAGUGAUAUUCUGGCAUACUUCCUAAAGAAUACUAUGCAUGAGCAUACUAGAUCGAAUAGGCCAGAACAAGAUGCUGGAACUCAGAACCGAUCGGAUUCUUUUUAUGGUGAACCAAGUCGUACUUCACCUUCUGAAGCUGCUUUUGGAAGAUCAUCAGAUCGUAGUGCAGGACUACCUUCAACCAGUGGGGCUGAUGCAGAGUUAACGUCUGAAGAUGAAGUUGUUCGGUUAUUAAACUGUACUGACCACUAUUGUGCAUUGGGUUUUUCCCGUUAUGAGAAUGUAGAUGUUUCUUUACUUAAGAGGGAAUACAGGAGAAAGGCCAUGUUGGUUCACCCUGAUAAAAACAUGGGCAAUGAGAAGGCUGCGGAAGCCUUCAAAAAACUUCAAAAUGCAUAUGAGGUUUUACUUGAUUCUUUGAAACGAAAAGCAUAUGAUGAUGAACUAAGGAGAGAGGAGAUAAUGAAUUGUAUUCGUAGGUUUCAAAGUGCUUCUCAAACGAGUGGAAGGCAAGGUCUCUUUGCUUCGGGAUUCACACAUUCUGAGGCUGAUUCUGAAGACCUUCAUGGAGAUUCUAGAAGAAUAGCGUGCAAGAAGUGUGGCAAUUUUCACAUCUGGAUCCAUACCAGCAAGUCAAAAUCCCGAGCAAGAUGGUGCCAGGAUUGCAAAGAUUUCCAUCAAGCUAAAGAUGGAGAUGGAUGGGUUGAACAGUCUUUCCAGCCAAUAUUUUUCGGGUUAUUGCAAAAGGUAGAUGCUCCAUCUGCAUAUGUUUGUGCUGAAAGCACAAUAUAUGAUGCAACUGAGUGGUUUGUUUGCCAGGGUAUGAGGUGUCCAGCCAACACUCACAAACCGAGCUUUCAUGUCAAUACCAGUUUAACGUCUAAACACAACACAAAGGGGACUAAUUCAGGACAAAGGGGAGGUGGAAUUCCAACAACAAACAUGGAAGAAAGAAUGACAGAGGAGGAGUUUUUUGAGUGGUUGCAGAAUGCAAUGCAGUCGGGCAUAUUUGAAGCUGCUAGUGGCAGUGCUGCAGCAGAGAAUUCCACUUCUAGAGCUGGGAACUGUUCCAAGAGUGGUGGCAGUGGUAGCAGUAAGAGAAAAAAGAGGGGCAAGAAGCAAUGGUGAGGAUUUCUUCUGCUUCCUGCUAGAUUUUCUUGUACCAACCCGGGAUGGCGUUUGUGGGCUCCCACGGGAGAGGGAGAGGGUUCCAUCGAAAAAAGGGUGUAUAGGCGAAUCUUUUUCCUUAAUGGUUGAAAACUACAGAUAAAUGUGUCUAUAUUCGGUUAACAAGAUGGCUAACAACUUAAAGGAGUCCCAUCUUCCAGGAAACAAAAAACCAUAAGCUCUCUCUCUCUGUGGUGCGCGCCCGUCACUUGAGUCUUGACCAAAGAUUUAUUAUAAUCUGCUUGUGAGAAAGCUAUGACAUUGAGGCUACGAUUCCUUAAUGCUAAUGGUUCUCGGAUUCAGUUUGUGGUGCC